CAGCUGAUUUUGACAUUGCGACUGAAAAUAUUUUUGUUCAGGUCCGCCAGAAGCUUACAGGAUUACGCAGGAAUUUGUGAUAUUCUCAAAAUUAUAUUGUAUUUCGUGUAGUUUUCGUGGACAAAAUGUUCGAUUUUACGAUUGACUAGUGAUUGUUUCCACGGAAGUGUUUUCAUUGCAAAUUUACAAGACUAUUAGACUCCAGAAACUGAAAAAAAACUUUACCUCGGUGACCCUCGCUGUAGAUUCGUAGUGGCUUUUCGAAUAAGUUUCAUGACACGUCUGCUCAGAUAUCCCUUCACUUGUUCUGCACUUCUACAAGCACCGCCCUUUCCGCCUUCCCUGGCCAGGACAGCGGCCUCGCAGCAGGGCGGUAGCUUCAAGCGUAUGUCCCGUGCGAAUUCCCUGCAACAGCAGUCCAGCAGCCCGGAAUCGUCGGCCGGGGGCAGUCCGGUGAACAGGAUUUUUCAACGCUACGCUCGCCAAAAGAAGAUGUCCGAAACGUGCCGCAAGUGGAAAACGCUUCCCUCGGCGGUACGUCGCGAUCCGGACGAUGUCCAGUUCACCCUGAUGAGCUACAACAUGUUGGCUCAGGACCUGCUGGAAAUGCACGAGGAUCUGUACGAUCAGCACGACCAGGUCACGCUUUCCUGGCCUCAUCGUUACGACCGGCUGCUGGCCGAAAUCAAUCUUGUCCGGCCGGAUAUUCUGUGUCUGCAAGAAAUGCAGGACAACCACAAGGACCAGUUCAGCAGUGGAUUGGCCAACUUUCGGUACGAAAUGAUUUUCAAGAAGCGAACUGGGGAGAAGACCGAUGGGUGCGCGAUUUACUACCGCCGGGACAUGUUCGAGCUGGUGGAUUAUCAUGACGUCGAGUACUAUCAACCGAGUGUGAAGCGCUUGGACCGUGAAAAUGUGGCCAUUAUUGCGAAAUUCAGGGUGAAAUCCAACCCAAGCCAGUGUUUGGUAGUGGCCACAACACAUCUUCUGUAUAAUCCACGGCGGCAGGAUAUCCGAUUGGCCCAAGUACAGGUCCUACUGGCCGAGUUGGACCGUUUGGCGUUUCUCAGUCGGAUGGAGAAUGGCACACCCAGAUAUGCACCCACUAUUCUGUGUGGAGAUUUCAACCUUCAGCCUUACACUGCUCCGUAUGUGCUUUUGACGACGGGAUUUUUACAGUAUGAAAACCUUUCCACCAACACGCUGGAACCGAUUCCCGGAGGCUCGUCCUUUGGAAAGGUGUUACUCCCGAAAAAGCUAGGAAUCACCGAUGACUGUCGUCACGAAACUCACCUGGAUCGAAUGGAGGAAGAAGAGGAGAAAUCCACUCGAUUACAUCAUUCCAGCAAGGAACCAAAAGCCCGGACCCCAAGCCCAGACGAUGAGCAGAACAGCCCAUACUUCAACCAGGGUGCUCUGAAGCAUCGGUUUAAAUUCACAUCCGCCUACAGACACAACAUUGGAGACGAAACUCAGGAAGCUACCACCUUCCAAGGGCAAUGGAUCACGGUGGACUAUCUGUUCUACACUAAGUUUCAGUGUACGAACGAGAACCGGCUCACCGAGAACAACCUCAAGCUGAUUGCCACGUACGCUCUGCCCACGGUGAAGCAAGCCCGGGAAAUCUACACGAUUCCCAACAUGUACUUCGGCUCGGAUCACUUUGCCCUGGCCGGACGGUUCCUGCUCAAAGCUCACAAGGAACCGAGCCUGUAGCCUUUUGGUGCGGCAGAAUUGGUGCUUUAUGGAAGACAAUGUUCUGUGAAAUCGGUAUGUUUUGACUUUGUUAUAAGAACACGUGUUUUAUUUUUUAUCAAAUCGGAAAUCAGGAAAUACGUUAGUUUUUGCGUGAUGACCCUCCUUAAAGAAUAUGAAGAUUUAGUAUGUAUCCGCUAUUGUUUUUCUAUCUUAGAAUUACCAGACGUAUCGUAUCUAGUGUGACAGUUCCGUUCUUACGACUUUGGUGGAAUGUUCAUUUGAUUAAAAUGUUUUAAAACUUCA